CGCCACUUGAGCGCAUUCCUCCACGCAAUCGCGUCUCUCGUCCGUCUUAACGCUGGCUUUGACGCGCACAGCGGAGGAAACUUGUGGACUUUACGCGUGGACAUCAUUUUACGCGUGGACAUAAAUAAGUUAGAGGGGACAACGGUCCAGAAAUCGAGCAAAAGUGGAGCCACACUCAAGGAAGGACGCGUCUUUACUCGGGCUGAGUCGGGGAAAGGAGUCUGCAAGAUGAAAGUCUGUCUCUUUCCGCUGAUGCCCCUCUUGCUCGUCCUCAUCAUUCCUGAUGUCAUCCUGUCCAGUGGAUGCCCAGCGGACUGCUCCUGCUCUCCACCCGAAUCCAUCUUGUGUUUUCAGAGACGCUCCACCACAAUGCCUCAGGGAGUGCCACCAUUCACCCAGAGCCUCUAUCUUUUUGCCAACGGCAUCGAACAGUUGUCCACGGAGGACUUUGAUGGUUUGGAAAACUUAGAAAUGCUCGAUCUCAGUCAAAACAAACUGACAGAACUUCCGGAUAGGGUGUUCGAACCUCUUGCCUCUUUAAAAAACCUGGACUUGUCAUCCAACCAAAUCACGCACAUCUCAGAGGCAUGCUUCCAAGGUAUGGAGCUGCUGGAGCGUCUUUACUUGUAUAGCAACCACAUCAAGACCAUCCAUCCUGCCGCGUUUAGCGGUUUGGAGAAUCUACUAGAGCUCAAAUUGCAAGGCAACCAGUUGACAUCUUUGCCUGUUCUAUCAAUGCCCCACCUGCUACUACUGGAUCUCCGUUUUAAUGUCAUACCUACACUGGGCGCCUCAGACCUCCAAACUCCAAACCUUGAGUCCCUGAAACUAGGUGGUGUUGGACUAACUAACCUAAAUAAGGAUCUUGUUGGUAGUUUGACGAACCUCCACGAACUGGAUAUCUCAAAAAACCAACUAAAAGCUUUCCCUCCGGUGCUGAAAGAAACUCGUGGGCUGAUUUACCUCAACCUGGCUGGCAACCCUAUGGGUCCUAUUGCAUUUCAGGACUUAAAGAACCUUGAAGAGCUGCAGGAGAUGGACAUUAGCAGCUUAAGCCUGCAAGGCCUCCCAGAGGAGUUCCCACAGCUUUUCCCCCACCUUAAGAAGUUAACAGUGGCAGAGAACCCCUUCAACUGUCUCUGCACCUUAGCCUGGUUCCCAAAAUGGCUGCGAGCCCAAAGCGUUACCCUGGAGAGAACAGAGGAGACUCGAUGCCACUUCCCUCCUAUCAAUGCUGGCAAGGUGGUGCAGAGGCUUGAGCAUCGGGAUUUUGGCUGUCCUACCACAACCACUCUCACCACGAGUACUGUUAAAACUACUGUUGCCGUACCUCUACAUGUUACAACCCCCGAGAGUGCCACAACAGCUUUUCCACCCCCCAGGGUUAACGAUUACGACACAAACAGAGAUUUUGACUACCCCUUACCCCCGGUUCCUGCUUCCCCAAGCAGCAGCAGCAGCAUGGACUCGGAUGAGGAGCAGCGCUUCUGCCCUUCUCACACUUGCCUCAACGGGGGCACUUGUCGCUUGGACCAGUACGGUCAAGUAGAGUGCACCUGUCCACCUGGGACCUACGGAUUUUUUUGUGAGAUCCGAAACGACAAUGCACCCUCGCCCGCUGAGCCCGACAUGUCCAUGACGACCGUAAGCCCAAAUGCACCUGACAUCAGCUCGCGUCAGGCAACCUCGACGUCAAUCCUGCUUGAUCUCCACCGCUACAUUGAUAAACGGCCUUACAUUCGUGGAAUCCGGCUGACCUAUCGGAAUCUCUCCGGGCCUGAUCGCAGGCCAAUGCAGCUCAGCCUACCGGCAUCGUAUCCAGAAUACAGACUCAGAGGUCUGAACCCUAAUUCCACUUAUACCGUGUGUGCCAGUCCGCUUGGCGCCCCGAACGGCAUUGACAGCGUAUGCACUCAGGCGCAUACCACUGACGAAAAGAACGACAGCGUCACUGGAGCUCAAAUAGUCAACAAGAAAAUGGCCACCAUGCUGGUGCCUGCAGUGGCCAUCUUGCUUCUGCUGGUGCUGAUUGCCACAGCAGUGGGCGUUGUAUGCUACGUCCGCAAGAAGAGGGCUAAAGGUCCCAUUGACCUAGACUGUGAGCCUUCUCAGGUGGAGUUGGAUGGAGUAAAAGCUGGGUUGGACAAUGGGGCACUGCCUCAAAAACAAACCCAGCUUAUGAUCCCAGAACCCGUGGUUCAGAGCAGCAACCUGGAGUAUGAAGUGUUGCUACUACAGGACCACUGUAUGUCAAAUAAAAACAUGUCAUCGCACAAACCGUCAUACUUUUGACAUUUGGAUUACGACUAAAUAAACUCUGUAUCCACAACGGACAGAAAAACGUCCGUAUUUGGACUUUGACUCCAUGUAUGUGGCAUUAAGUGAACAAUGCUGGAAUGGCAACCACUCCUACGUUAUAAGCAGCAAGUCUAAGGACAAAUGAUGCUGUGGUAGAUGCUGCAUUUUCAUUGGGACAGUCAAUGGACACUGUGAGCUGUCCAUUCAGGAGUAUGCACUAAAUUGCUGCAAAGCCCCCAUUUGCCCUAACAGUCGCUGCUCCUCAGUACUAUCCCAAAGGGAUUUAGGGGGUAAUGAAGUUGUGGAGAUAAGAUUGCCGACGGGUUUAUCGAUUUACUGUCUGUCGUUCCACAAAGAUUUAGAUCAACUUGGUCUGUUCUGGUCUUCAAAAACUCCCUAACAAUACAAGAGGAUGGGCAAACUAAUGUAGCAAACUUCUAUUGUUGAAAGCCUACAUGCUGAAUACCCGACUUGUUUGGCACUAAAACAACAAAAUAAUGAUUUUGUGUAUAUGUUCUGUAUGUGUUUUUUGUAAAUAUUAUUUUCUACAUUUUGACUGUUAACAGCCAGCUGCACUACCGUUCAAAAGUUUGGGGUCACAUUGAAAUGUCCUUAUUUUUGAAGGAAAAGCACUGUACUUUUCAAUGAAGAUAACUUUAAACUAGUCUUAACUUUAAAGAAAUACACUCUAUACAUUGCUAAUGUGGUAAAUGACUAUUCUAGCUGCAAAUGUCUGGUUUUUGGUGCAAUAUCUUCAUAGGUGUAUAGAGGCCCAUUUCCAGCAACUAUCACUCCAGUGUUCUAAUGGUACAAUGUGUUUGCUCAUUGGCUCAGAAGGCUAAUUGAUGAUUAGAAAACCCUUGUGCAAUCAUGUUCACACAUCUGAAAACAGUUUAGCUCGUUACAGAAGCUACAAAACUGACCUUCCUUUGAGCAGAUUGAGUUUCUGGAGCAUCACAUUUGUGGGGUCAAUUAAAACGCUCAAAAUGGCCAGAAAAAGAGAACUUUCAUCUGAAACUCGACCGUCUAUUCUUGUUCUUAGCAAUGAAGGCUAUUCCACAAAAUUGUUUGGGUGACCCCAAACUUUUGAACGGUAGUGUACAUCGUCACCUCUGGUGACUAAUAUAAUGGAAAGCAGCAGAUUUUAAAUCUUUGAAGAUUAAUAAGUGGUUCGGUACUAGUACAAGUCAAUCAAAGGGCUUUGCCCCCGCAGUGUCAGACAGUCUAAGUCUGCAAAGACUCAAGACUAAAUACCUCCUUUGCAACAUUUGGAAGCCUCCAGUUGGUCACAAAGAGGGAAGUCAAUCGGGAUUACAAGCAGGUAUACAGAAAAAGCAACCGACUGAACGCCUUAUGUUUUAGCUGCAGCUUAGUGAUUGCCUCAAUAACAUUAAACAAUCAAAACGUACAGUGACUUUAUUUAUUAUUUAUUUGCCCUCUAAGGGAAAGGCAGUGUACAGUAUAUCUCUCAAUCAAAAUUCAUGUAGAAGCAAUUUUUUCUUUGGCUAAAUAACUUGACUAUCGAGCAAUUCUCUGAUCCAUGCUGGGCUUAAUUAAUGUGAAAUAAUAACUGAACUGUUGCGUAGAGGACGAUAAGACCUACAGUACACAAUGGGGACUGAACAUACACGAUUGGGCAAGGAUGAUCUUUAUAUAUCCACAGGUACAGUAUAUAGCUCUGUCAAAUGACAUGUUCCAACGUGCACAGACAUUGCCUGCUAAACGUACCCACAUGUCUCAAGUUCAUUACAUCCCAGACUCCUCUAUCAACACAUCUGUGAAUGUCUGUUACCAGCAGUAUUUGUAUAGUCCACAGUCCCACACAAAGAAAGUAUUGACCAUCCAACCAAAAAAAAAAGCCAAGAAGACGGAAAAGCAGUACAACUGGAAUAUAUUUCUGUAAAACAGAAUUCAUUGAAAAUAAAAAAUAAAAUGUAUUUUCAAUGUGUUGAUGAAUUUUUUUCCCAGUUUAUUUGGGGAAGUGCCUUGUUAAUAUUGUUUCUUUUGUAUUGUUAUUGUGUCAACUUAUUUGUACAUGUGAAACAAAAGGGCUAUUAUCAUUAA